AUAAAAAACCGAGAAUUUAUAGCCAAGACGUUUUAUGUAGAAAUAAAGAGAAAGAGGUGAACAGAGGGGGUGUGCUGUGGAUGUGGUAUAUUUUGGACAGAGGGGUUUGGGGACAUAUUAUACUUGGCCAGAGGGGUGGCGGUGGACGUGGUAUACAUUUUAUGGACUCAGAGGGGUGGCCGGUGGGUGGACAUGGUAUACUUGUACAGAGGGGUUGGCUGGGGAUUUGUACAGAGAUUGGGCUGGCAGGUUCGAACAGUAAUUGGGGUUCGGGUGGCGGAUUGGGA